AUGGCAGCACCAAUCACUUCCGCAUGGAAGAUUAUUCCAACCUUUAAAACACAAUCAAUUGAAAAGAAUAUUGAAUUUUAUGUCGAUUUCCUUGGUUUCGAAUUAGGUGGGGUAAAGCCGGAGGGUUUGCAUCCUUCUGAGUAUACAUUCUGCUCAGUUUUUGCUGGAGACAAAGCUGCAGCCAAUAUCUACUUCUUUAAGCCGAAGGAUGGCAUUGUCAGACCAAGCUCCGCUUACAUUGCUCUGGGCACUGAUCAGCUAGAUAUGCUGUACAAUACUAUCAAGGUUCAGAGGAGUGAAGUCAUUGUAGAGCAUGUUCAGGAUCAGCCGUGGGGUUAUCGGCAGUUUGCUAUCAAGGAUCCUAACGAGAACACGUUGACUUUCUUCAAGUUUCUAGAGGGCAGGAAUCCUGGAGAAGAGUAG